ACAGUCUUCAGAUUUUGGAUUAUCGUGCUAUCGGCGAAUUUGUUACGGUCCAAAAAUAAUGAUCUUGUGUUAUACUUUUUUUAUUAGAUGGUGUUGAAAUGUUAAAUAGAACAUAAUAUAUUUAAGUGUUACAUCGGUGGACGUGUUAUAUCAUUGAGUGAAUUAUCGCUGAGAGUGUUUUGUAGAAAUGCGAUAGAAGCCAUACAUACAUCAUGGCCUACUGAUAAUUCGUCACAGAACGGUACUUAGAGAAUGGCGAUAAUCUCAUUAACAUUACAAGUUUAGUCUGUGAAAUAUAUUAAAAAGAAUAAAAUAAGUACUACAUUUCUUUAGAAAGUAGUAAAUACGAAAACAUAUUUAUAUUAUCUAAACUUAGAAGUUAUAUCAAAUCAUGUUUUAAACGUUUUCGUAAUAUAGUAAUUUAUUUUGAAAAAAAUAUAAAUGUUUAUAUUCGAUAUCUUUUGAAAUAAAUUAUCAAAUAUAAUGGAUCCUUCACCAGAAAUGCAUACAGAUAUACAAAUCAAAGAAGAACCGGUAGAAUUACAUGAAAUGGAUAUUGAAGUGAAUUUAAAAAUAGAAAAUGAUAUUACCAAGGAGGAUGAAAGUGUUCAACCAGAUAAUUUUGUCGCUAUUAAACAAGAAUUACCAAACAAAUUGUCUGUCAAAUUAGAGCCUGUAGAUGAUGAUGAUAAUGCUUAUGGAAACCAAGAAAUAGUUCCGGAACAAAUGAUUAUGAAACUUGAUCCUUCAUAUUAUGACGGUGAACUUUAUAAUAAUUAUGAUGGAAAAAUAUUAACUAACUCCAGAGUAAGACAAGACAAGGAUGAAAUGGACGAUGACUAUUUGCCUGCAAAGAGUAAGAAAAAGAAGAAGGAGUCAAAUGUUAAACCUCUGUUCAAGGGCAAACAACGAAACGACGAACAGACAUACUCAGACGACAUAACGAAACACAUAGAAAUAGUGACGAUAGAUGAAGCCGAGCGGGUCGUGGAACAUCAUGACUUGUUCAAUAGUCGCAAACACAUGAACUACACAUGUGAGCCGUGCGCGUUGGGAUUCGUCAUCGAGGACGCUUACCACAUGCAUAUGAAAAUACAUUCGCCGGAGAACGGCAGCCACGCGUGCGACAUCUGCGGCGCGCGCGUGAAGAGCGCGGACGUGCUGUACCGCCACCGCCUGCGCCACUACCGGCGGUACCGCUGCCGCGUGUGCGCGCUGCGCCUGCGCGACAAGGACACGGUGGCGGCGCACGUCAUGCGCGAGCACGUCGGCGCCGCCUUCGUGUGCGCGCACUGCGGCCGCGGGUUCAAACGGCCGCAGUACCUGAAGCGGCACGUGGAACAGAUGCACACGAGGCCGCUGCACCUCGAGUGCCCCGUGUGUCAGCGCGUGUUCUACGAGCGGGGCUGGUACCGGUGUCAUGUCAGGACUCACAACGAAGAAGUACGCAAGAAUAUAGAUAGAAAGGCUAUAUGUUCGCAUUGCGGGCGUGAAUUUAGGAAUAAAGCCUACCUCAUACGACACUUGCAGACACACGAGGACCGCCAGCCAGUCGUUUGUAAGCACUGUUCUAGAACGUUCAAGAACAUCGAAGUGCUCAGGGUACAUUACAGGCAGCAUCAUUCGAAGAAUCCUCUGAACGAAGAUGGUACCUUCAACGAGAACUUCACCGGUCGUACGUACGCUUCGCAGGGGCGUGUAAGAGGCGCGGGCGCCAACACGACGUGCGCGCAGUGCGGGCGCGUGCUGACGACGCGCGCCAUGCUCGCGCGCCACACGCAGCGCAUGCACACCGAGCGCGUGCGCAAAUUCCAGUGCGACUACUGCAAGAAGUGGUACUUCACGAAGGCCGAGGUGCGCUCGCACAUCGAGUGGACGCACCUGCAGCAGCGGCGCCACGCGUGCGCGUGCGGCCGCGUGUUCCGCACGCCGGCGCGGCUGCGCGCGCACGCGUGCGCCGUGCACCUGCGCAUCGCGCCGCCGCGCGACAAGACCUGCCCCGUCUGCGGGAAGAUGUUCGCGAAUCAACAAGUCCUCACUCGUCACAUCAAAGGUCACUCGGGUGAGACUUACCCGUGCAAUGAAUGCGGGCAGAAGUUCAAAACUCAGUCGUACGUAAAAAUACACUACAAACUGAAACACCUGAAGAUGUCACGCGCAGAGAUCAAAGCUCAGAGUAAGAGGACGCUCAUCACGGUGGAGAACAGUAUGGACGAAAGAAUGGUAUCGAAAAUAAAAGUCUACGAUCCCAUCACGAGUGGCGACGACCCGCUCUAUAUAAACGCUCAGGAGAGAGAGACCGGCGUGAAAACAGAAAAUCAAGAUAUAUCUGUUCCGCUGUUUGAAACGUUCGUCGAUAUCCAGCGAGAGUGUUGAACAGUUGAGGUUUUGG